AUGGUAGAGGUUUGGGAGCAAAGGCUGGCGCACCCUAACGCAGGCCAUCAUCCCUCGGGACACGGAUGUUUCGGGAGGUAUCUUAAGGACAGAGCCAGAAGGGAACUGACCGCAGUAUGCCACCACUGUGACUGCCCGGAGGACACGGCCCAGCACACAUUGGAAGUGUGCCCAGCCUGGGAGGAAGAACGGCGCAUCUUAAGCGAUGUAGUGGGUCAUGACCUCUCGCUGCCCUCCGUGGUCCGUAGCAUGGUGGACAGCGACAGGUCGUGGAGGGCUGUGCUGGACUUCUGCGAGGCGGUCAUGGUGCAGAAAGAGAGGGCGGAGCGCGACAGGGAAGACGACCCGGCUUCCCAACCGUUGCGCCGAAAGCGUGUGGGGCGGCGGCGGCUGGCCUAUGAUCGCCGACUUCCCCCUUAA